UGUUGCACAGGUACAAACAAAAACAAGUUACACUUGUUUUAAACAUAAAUUUUUAUAUAGAUAAUACAGUUAAUUUAAUUUAAUAAUACAUUCUGUAGUUAUUGAAUAACAAUAAGUUCAUUUAAAACCCCUAAAGUGGAUUUCGAUACGCUUAUUACAGAUACCCUACAAAAAAAUGGGAUCAGAAGAAGAGAAUCGUGGAAAGUCAAAGUUCAUGAUAGCCCUCCCACUAUUGUUACUGCUGGUCUCGAUUCCUUUAUCAUUAACUCUAUGGCUUGGAAAUAUGGCUUUCUCGGCUUUUUGGGAAAGUGAGAGUGAACCAAUAUCACCUACGAGAUGGCUAUUUUCAGUCAUAACACCAAUUUUAUUUGCUGCCUACGGUCUGAAGAAAAAAAGUUUAAGUGUCAGUGGAGCAGUUUUAGGCCUGGUGGUGGGCUUUGUGCUCACACUCAGCAGUUAUUUGUUUCUGAUUUGUCUCAUUGUGUUUUUCAUCACAUCAAGUCGAGCAACAAAAUUCCGGAGUAACCAGAAACGCAAACUCGAAGAGGAUUUUAAAGAAGGAGGACAGCGCAACUGGGUACAAGUGUUGUGCAACAGUGGCAUGGCGUUACAACUCGCUCUACUCUACAUCCUGGACUCUGGCUGUGGAGAGAGACCAGUAGACUUCUCCUCGGACUACCGAGCCUCCUGGCUGGCACUCGGUGUUCUAGGCUCGCUGUCUUGUUGCAAUGGUGAUACGUGGGCGUCGGAGCUCGGGGCUGUGGUGGGUGGAGGACAGCCUCGUCUCAUCACGAAUGGACGACCAGUGCCUCGUGGCACCAACGGAGGUGUGUCUCCACAGGGCCUCCUGUUCAGUCUACUGGGAGGUCUGGUGGUGGGGGUAGGCUACUACGUGGGAUUGUUAUACCUGGUAGAUACUACGUCACUGGUUCGCAGUCCACCUCAGUGGCCUGUCAUCCUGUGGGCUGCUUUUGCUGGUCUCUUUGGCAGUGUUGUAGACUCACUUCUUGGAGCUACAGUCCAGUUUUCUGGUCUGGACAAGAGCCGUGGCUGUGUCGUGGAGUGUCCAGGGCCAGGAGUAAAGCACAUCAGUGGCUUUGGACUGUUAGACAACCACAGUGUAAAUCUGGUGUCUAGCAUCAUCUCUGGUCUAGUCACCCCCAUGUUGGCCAACCUACUCUGGCCUCACUAGCUCUAGUCACUUGUAACUACAGGUGUCAAAUGCUCUUCAUCCCAUCGAUCUACUCCAAUUGUGCAUUUCUCGUGUAAAUAUAAUUUUAUAUAUUUUUGUAAAUAAGGAUAAAUUAAAGACUAAUAUAUUUUGAUCUAUGAACAGUUUUU